AUGUUGUCGUCCACCGUGAAGAAUUCCGUGCGCAAAUCUGCGGCAGCUGCUGUUCCUGCGACGAUCACCCGCAGUCUCGCAAUAAGCCAAACGGGAGCUGUCUCGUCCACUAAAGACGUGGAGGAGAUUGGUAGUUUCGGCCAAAUGACGCAGCCCAAGCUGCAGCUCUUUGGACUGCACGCUCGCUAUGCCAAUGCGCUCUACAGCGUCGCAGCCAAGCAGAACCAGCUCGAGUCUGUGGAGAAGGAGCUCUUGAGCAUUGAAGCCACGAUCGCCAAAGAGCCGCACUUUGCCUCGUUCUUGCACGAUCCAACGAUCGCGCGCGCGAGCAAGAAGGAGGACAUUGCCAAAGUAAUGGACAAGGCCAAGUUUUCCAAGCCUGUGGCGGGACUGUUUGAAGUGCUGGCGGACAAUGGCCGUCUUCCGGAUGUGGCAGGUGUCAUUGGCGCGUACAAGAAGCUCAUGGGAGCGUACCGCCAAGAAGUGCAGGCCAAGGUCACGUCGGCUGACCCGCUGACCAAGACGCAGCUGGACCAAGUGAAAAAGGCACUGGCAGCUCGUGUGGAAAAGAACGAGACGCUGCUGCUGGAGACUGCGGUGGACCCGGAGAUUCUGGGUGGACUCAAGGUGCAGAUUGGCAACUACUUUAUCGACUUGUCGCUGGCCACCAAGAUCGACAAGAUCAAUUCGUUGCUCGCUUCGUCGAGUCAGCAGUGA